UGCCUCCCUCUCCCCUCCUUCCCCAGCCUAGGCCUCUUUGCCUUCGCUUUCGAAAACAGCCUUCUGCUGCUGGAGCCAUGUCAGACUCGGAGCCUCCCUGAGCCAGAGGAAGGCCCCGGGGGCUUGGAUCCUGUCCUCCGGUGAGCAAGGCUGGCAAUGCAGGGGAGCAGCCACCCAGCAAAGCCACUCCCAGUUUCAGAUGGAGAAGUAACAUUAACAUGUGACCACCAGUAGGAUGUGAUUUUAAACUAUGAUGGCACUUUUCAUGAGACUACAGAAUUUCUACAAACUUGUGUACAUCAGUGUGAUAACUUCUGUUUCAUGCAGCUUACUUGAUAAACCAACACUGAAAAUGAAUCCAAGGGAUUUUGAGUAUAUUUUAACAUGGGAAACUGGAAAUAAUACAAGGAUGCCAGCAUGCUUCAGUGUGAUGUAUUAUGAACGCACAAGCACUCUGAAUUGCCCCAUUGAAACAGGGUCAGAUUUAUCCAAAAAAGGCAAGGGACAAGAUCCAUCUUCCAGCAAGUCUGGUAGGUCUCAGCAAAGUGAGGACUCAGAUCAUCAAGUUCUUCAACCAGGGGAACCACCUGUCUGUCCAUCUCUGCCAGAAGGAAGUGUGCAGUUGCAAAACAACAAGUACAGAACUGUCAUGGAAUGUUCCAAUAUCACAAGAUCAUUUUGCAACCUAACAAAAGAAUUUUCAGACCCUUGCAAGACAUACAUAAUUUUAGUGGAGCAGGUCACAGAAAAUGGAGUACGUUCAUCAACGUCGAGGUUCAAUCCAUACUUGGACACAUGCCUGAGCGAGCCUGAGUUUAAUAUUUCAGCUUGUCCAAACUGUGUAAAUGUGACAGUAAAACUUUCAUCAUCCUCAUUACUGAAUGUGUACAAAGACAUUAAAUAUACAGUCACGGCAUCAACAGCAGGUUUGCCAGACAAGCAAGAUAACAAUACAACCAAACAACAGAGUUUCUAUGCUGUUAUGGGAAACUUGCUUCCAAACAGAAAUUAUUGCCUUACUGUAGAUGUGUGUACAACUGUAGCUACCAAACAGUGCACUCCAUCUUCACCAAAAUGUAUCAUCACCAGCUCCAAGAAUAAAUCAGAUCAUAUUACAACUGCAGCUUUGACUGGGGUCUUUAUGCCAUUAUUAGUGGUACUGAUUUUGUUUGUCCUCUAUGAGGUCGGUCUUAUCUGCUUAAAGACAGAUUGGCCUAAUGUCUUGGAAAUCAUCCCCAAACUGGCUUAUUCUGUCUUUGAUUCAGUUCCUGAAGAAUUGCACACUGUCAAAGUCACAGAAAAGAGUAAAAAAAAAGUAUGGCACUAUGAUGACGAUGAUUAUGUUGAUGAUGACAAUGACAGUGGAAGUGAUGUUGAAAAUAAUGGUUUCUAUACUGUCCGUAAGAUUUUUAAAAACAGUUCCACUGUAGAUACGAUGGAAGACUUGUCUAUAGAUCGCUCAUCUUCUGCAAAUGAAACAGUUGAGCCUGGAACUCCUGAAGCAGAAAGCUUUCAGAAUGAGAUUAAUGAAGGUGAAAGUGGAACAACAAACCAAUUUUUUAAUCAUUCUUCUGAAGUGAAUUCCACAAAUGAACCAGAGCUGAAGCCCAGCAGUUGUUUAAAUGUGAACUUAAAUACUGUAAAGCUAGGAACAUCUGUUGACACUUUGGAUGUUCCUGCAACUCUAGAUCCUGACCAAGAGGAUUCAGCAAACUUGAAAGAAUCAUGCAUUAAUGAUGAUUCUGAAUCAAUCCAUUUCACUGACAUCCCAAAUGUGCAGAGUGUCCAUAGCCUCUUGUGCGCAUGGCAAAAUUCUAGUGAGUCUAGUGAAGAAAGUGAGUCAUCUGAUUCAGAAACAGUUAAUGUUGGCUAUAUGGGAAGAUGAAAGCAAUGGAGAUACACAUUACCACUUCAUAAUGCUCUGAUCAAUGUGCCAGAUUAUUUCCAAUUUGUUAAAGAACUAAGUAGUAUGUAUUGUGUAAUGGAAUCAAUAUUAUUCAUAUAUACACAUAUAUGCAACACUGUCCUGAAUCGUAACCGAAUCAACAUAUACCAUUUCUGUGAGCUACAGACUAAACAACUUUAAGUACAAAAAGAAUCACCAUUUUCUUUGAAAUUUGAAUAGUAAGAAAGGAAGGUUCCAGUAUUUUCAUAUCCUGUCAUGUUGCUAAAGUGUAGUUUUAAAUUAAAACCUUCUUUGAGACUAAGCUCUCAGACACCUUUGGGUAUAGUUGAUUUCCAGUUCCACUUGACUAUCAGACAUUGUUAGAUAGACUGGGGCUGCUUCCACACUGCAGAAUUAAUGCAAUUUGACACCACUUUAAUUAUCAUGGCUCGAUGCUGUAGAAUCCUGGGAUUGUCGUUUGUUGUGGCACUGGAACGCUCUGACAGAAAAGUAUAAAUAUCUCACAAAACUGUAAGUUCCAGAUUUCUGACUAUAGUGUCUAUGCUGGCUAGGGGAUAUAGCCAAAAGUAACUUUUUCAAGGUCUGAAUUGCUUUAGAAUGGUUUCAUUGUGGUUUUGCCAGUCAUAGACAGAGAUCUUUGAAACAUGGAGGGUGCUAUGCUUUUGUUUAUAUCUCAGUUUAUUUGGGAGACUGUUACAUCUCUGUUACAAUACUUGAGGGCUAUUAGUGUAAUUCAGUACUCCUAGGCUGCUGCUUCUAUUUCAUAUGUAUGUUUUUUCUUCAGUCAAGACGAAGCAAUCUUCUACUUCAUGGUCUCAUGUCACUGAGAACUACCUGGCUCUUUGUGAUCCUUUGGACCACAAACCAUCCCAUCAGCUGAAGAUGAACUACAACUUCCAUCAGGUCUCACCAGUGGCCAAGCCGAUUCCAGCUGUUCAGCAACAUCUGGAGGGCCACCGAUUCCCUGUACCCAUCUUUAGUUUUUUGUAAUGUGGUAGGAGAGAAGACAAAAAAUAAACUAAAGAGACUUUAACUCUUUUUUUCCAACUUGGAAUAAGCUCUGAUCUCUUUUUCAUUACUUUUUUAAAAGGGCAUUUAGAACAGAAAUGUGGCCAACCAUCCUACCUUUCUUUGCUCCUGAUGGUUGCAAGCAGACCCAUUCAAUUUCCCUUUUUCUAAACAAACAAACAAACAAACAAAAAACCCACAGAGCACUUAGCUCUUAAAAGUGCCAUUUGACUGAGCCAUCACUUCUUUUCAGAAUCUAGAAAAGUUAUUUCAGGGACUACAACUUCCAGAAUCCCCCAUCAUCAAGUCCACUGGCCUUGCUGCCUGGAGCAUUCUGGAAAUUGAAAUUCUUCCCCACAUAACUUUGCUGAAUUCUGUUUUCUUUAAUGUAGUAUGAUCAGACCUUCUAGGUCAACUUUAAUUCUACAAGUUCAAGUAACACAUUAUUUGCAGACGUGUUAUGACUGCUAAAUAAGUUUGGCCAAGGCCCAGAAUGUUUUUUAGGGGUACCUACAUCCCAAAACUGUGAUAUUUUAAUUAAGAUUUGACAUCAUCUCGAAUUUUGCUGGCACUUCCAACCAUCUGGCUCUGGAUUGCAUAUCCUACCAGAACAAACAUGUAAUAUUUACUAUUACACUCACAUUGAGUUACAAAGAGUAAUAGGUCUUUUUUGCAAAGAGUCUUUCUUGCUUCCCCAGUUAAAAUACUACCUUAAACUUCUUGUUCUGGGUACAGUUGUUUUCUUACAUUUUACUGUGGGAAAGUGGCUUUUACAUCAAAGAGGAACGUGCUUCCUUGCAACCUUAGAAGUGAUUUCUGAACAAACAUUUUGAAAAACCACUUCCUUGGGAAUGGAUUUGCUGCUUAGCAGGGGUUCCAGACUUAUGCCUUGAUUAGUUCUUUCCAGUUUGUUAUGUGCCUUCAAGUAAUUUCCGAUUUAUGGCAACCUUAAGGCAAACCUAUCAUAGGAUUUUCUUGGCAAGAUUUACAAGAUUACCACAUGAGGCUUUUAAAUUGAAAUUAAAGCUGGAGAAUAGUGUCUUUGGCCACACUUACCACAUGACAUUGUUUCUAUCCUUUAAUGCAUUGGUAAAGCGCCCCUUUUAAUUGACAGGAAAACCUGUCAAUAAGCUCCUAAUAUCACGGCUUUUCCAUUAGUCCUCUGAUGCGACACAUUCUUUUUGCUGCCUUUCCAAUAUUGGGAAGGCAUGUGGUGACAGUCGGAUUAUUCACUCUCUCUUUUCCUCCCCCUCACUAUUCCCAAGCAGGCUGUUUAUCUUUUUUUCUUUUUAAAUUUUUUAAUUAAAUCACGUUACCAUAACUUUGUAAUUGCAUUAAAAAUUAAAAUUUUUAAAAAUGAAAAUCAUAUUGGAUAGGGAAUAGGGCAGUAAGGUGGAGUUAAGGAGGACACAUGGAAGAGAGUGUGGGGAACUAUCAAUCACCAAAAUAGCACCUUCCUGCUAUUCCAGAGAAGUGUGAUAAUGAAUUAUCCCAAACUAGGUAUAUUUUUGUUUCCUUAAAUAACGCAGUUGCAGCAAGACUAGUGGCUCAUGUGAUAAUGUCCUUAUCCAAAGAGGGUUUGCCCUUGCCUGCUUCUGAGGCCGGGAGGGUGUGAUUUGCCCAAGAUUACCCAUGGAUUUCCAUGGCCAAGUGGGGAUUUGAAUCCUGGUCUCCAGAUUCUUAGUCCAACACUUAAACCACUAUACCAUGCUGGCUCUCAGUCCAUUCCAGGCACCACAAGAAGUCCUCUACAUGUUUCUGCUUAAGAAGGAGCAAAUUAUGCCAGGAGAUUUUUGAACGUAUAUAUACAGUGGAGCCUGUCACAGUUACCUCAGCAUUACUUGUAUUUUCUUUGCAGCUAUUAUUGUUUUGUUACUGCGUUCCUUCAAGUUGUUCCCAACUUAUGACAAUUAUAAGGCUGUAUAGCAAUGUGUGUGCUUUAAAGUGCAUUACACUGACACUCAAAUAGAUCUAACAGCUAGAUCUGUUUCACUUGCUCUCUGUGGGCGUUCUAGCUUUUUUCUUGUUGUGUGCCUUCAAGUCAUUUCUGACUUACGGCAACCCUAAAAUGUUCAGAGGAGGGUUUGCCAUUGUCUAGCUAGUGGAAUGGUCCUCGUCCUCUUCUGGAGAGGACUUGCAUUUUCGGAGCAUGUCUUCAAUUCAGAAUUGUCAGUGGAAAUCUAGGUGGUUCAGAAUGCAUUUUGUCAACUUUGGGUUUCUUGGCUUGAGAGAGCCUUGCUGCCAUUACCCAUGCUUAUGUUUACAUUUAGUCCAGAAUAGUAGUACAGUGGACCCUUGGUAUCCACUGGGGUUUGGAUCCAGGCCCCACUGUGGAUACCAAAAUCUGUCAAUGCUCAAGUCCCAUUAAAUGCAAUGGCAGAGUAAAAUGGUGUCCCUUAUAUAAAAUGGCAAAAUCAAGAUUUGCUUAUUGAAGUUUAUAUAUUUUUGAAUAUUUUUCAGCCAUGGAGGGUUGAAUCUGUGGAUAAAAAAAAAUCCAUGGAUAUGGAGGGCUGAGUGUACAAGAUAGUUUAGCUGGGAACGGAUAUUUUCAUGAUAUUAUGCCAGUACUUAGUCUGGCUUUUUAAAGUGUGAAGACCUGACUUCCUUAAUUGUAUAACUUUAACUUCUAUUACAUGUUUUAUACUGUAUUUUUUAUUGUUGAUCUUUUAUUUUAACCACUUUUUAUGUAUACCGUCAGGGAAUUUCAGUUAUGGAAUAACAAAGAAACACCAUAAAUAAAUUAUUUUAUAAAUAGUGA